CGAGAGUGUCACAGUGAGAAGACUCUUUGACUCGAGAACAAACAAGCACCGUCGUGGUUCUCUUUUCUCGCGUGCCGUACGAUACCGGUGUUUUUUUUGACGGGAGACAGGAUCGUGAACUAUCCACGAAUGCGAUCACCGAAUGAGAUGAAAAAGAAACGAAAGGAAAGCGAGGCCAGUGAGCGGUCGAACUGGCCGGAGGUUUCGAGGUCGCAUUACUCGCUGGAGCGUGGUUCGAGGUUUAACAAACGGUGCAGGGAAGACGCCGUAGCCACGGUUCCCACUCGCGGCGCGUCGUCACUUUUGACUGCGGCGCGGGGAUUGAAGCGGAAAAUAGGGUGCAUUGACGAUGCCACGCGGAUGGGGAGGAGCGUGAGGAUCGAGGACGAUUACGUGAUCGGAGGGAGCACGAUCGGGCAGGGGAAGUUCGGGUCGGUGACGGUUUGCCGCGCACGUGCGGGGGGCGUGGAGUACGCGUGCAAGACGCUGAGGAAGGGGGAGGAGACGGUGCACCGCGAGGUGGAGAUAAUGCAGCACGUGUCGGGGCACCCUGGGGUUGUAACUCUGAAAGCGGUGUAUGAGGAUGCGGAGUGUUGGCACCUUGUGAUGGAGCUGUGCUCCGGGGGAAGGUUGGUUGAUAAGAUGAGGGAGGGGCCGUGUUCGGAACACGUGGCCGCUGGGAUACUGAAGGAGGUAAUGAUGGUGGUUAAGUAUUGUCAUGAUAUGGGCGUGGUGCAUAGGGAUAUUAAGCCUGAAAAUGUUCUGAUUACUGGAACUGGGAAGAUAAAGCUCGCUGAUUUUGGCCUCGCCAUCCGAAUUUGUGAGGGUCAGAAUUUGAAAGGUGUGGCUGGUAGCCCUGCAUAUGUUGCACCAGAAGUAUUGUUGGGUAGAUAUUCUGAGAAGGUGGAUAUAUGGAGUUCUGGGGUGCUCCUGCAUGCUUUGUUGGUUGGUUUUCUUCCAUUUAAAGGCGAUUCACAGGAAGCAGUUUUUGAGGACAUAAAAAAUUUCAAACUAGAUUUCCAAACGGGGGUGUGGGAAUCGAUAUCUAAACCAGCUCGAGAUCUUGUUGGGAGAAUGUUGACUAGGGAUGUUUCAGCAAGGAUAACAGCCGAUGAAGUACUGAGUCAUCCAUGGAUAUUGUUCUAUACGGCGCAAACAUUGAACAAGCUGCCAGUUAAAUCAAAAAUGAAACCCCAAAAUGCUGCUACUUGCCACAAGUUUGUUUCUGCACCUGAAUCUGGGUUUGGAGGAAACAGGAUGUAUAAUUGUUCCCUAAAUGGUUCAAGCUCGUUUUCGUCCUCUGAAAGUGGCAAUUCAGAAUAUGAUGGUGACUGUGAGUGGAUUGAUGCCCUUACCACUGCGGUUUCACAUGUGACGAUAUCCGAAGCUAAGAGGACCAAGCUGUGGGGUCCCACUGGUCCAUUUGAUUCACAAGGUUCAUCUAACUUGAAGACUAACCUCUGUAAAGCAUUCUGACCAACUGACAGAAUGACACCGACCGCAUACACCACAAUAUCGACUGCUUUAGCUGCGGUUUAUAAUAAACUUAGCCCAACAAAUUCUACAGUUGGCAAAAGUGGAUUUCAUGCUAACAUCCCAUAUAAGGUUGACCGCUGGGUACCAGUUUUAGUGAAAGAUCUAAUUACAUUAAAUCUUCUUUUGUUCCUUUGUCCAUAUAACCUCCUUGUGUAACCCCAGUUGUACAGAACUAGUACAUAUAAUGUUAAUGUGUGGCUGCAUGAUUUUACUCUUGCAGGAGAAGGGGUUUUAAUUGGAGAUUUUUUUUCUGGCAUAAUGCUAUUAUAAUUA